GUCAGAGUUAGCACAACCCUUUCUGGUUUAGCAAAGAUUAGCGCAGGCGUUCCUCAGGGGGGCAUUCUUUCUCCUCUAAUAUAUAACAUCUACGCUGCCGAUCAACCCACCUCUCCGAAUACAGCUGUUGCGGAGUUUGCCGAUGACAAGGCCAUUAUUUCUAUCCAUGAUAAUCCUCACACAGCUUCCCACAAUCUUCAACUCCACCUUGACCUGAUGGCUGAUUGGUAUAAAAAAUGGCGUAUCAAAGUUAAUCAAUCCAAAUCACUCCAUACAACAUUUACUCUUCGUUUUACUCCCUGUCCUAUGGUGUCUCUAGACAAUAUUCAAAUGCCUUCCUCUCAAACGGCUAAAUACUUAGGUCUGACAAUUGAUC